CCAGCAGUCAGUGGGAGUACUAGUAGUUAGGCAGGGGUCACUUGCUUUGCUUAAUCCUCCUGCAGCUGCUUAACUUGAGAGAGAGACAGAGAAAGGGUCCCUUGACUUGCAUUGCAUCUCUCUCUCUAUUUAGCUUGUUCUGUGCCCCCGUGUCAGCUGCAGUCUGGGGGAAUCUGAGGCCGCUGCUGCCGCACCUGAGAGCCUGAGCGAGACUGCACGGAGAGGAGAGAGCGCUACGUCUCUGCUCUGCUCUGCUGCUCGCUUUGGAGGGAUCUGGGAGCUGCUGAGCUGCUGCGAAAGGCCUUUUUUUUUCUUCUUCUUCCAGCUGCGAGCUCUGAUGAUGGUGGUGUUGGUAGUCAAGGCGGCGGUUGUGCUGGAGGAGAAGAGACUCCGGUUGUAGCGGGGAUCAGGGGUUUUGGUUUUGGGGUGGAGAGGAUUCGUUCUUCGUCCUCCGCGGAAGAAAGCUGUUAAGGCCGGUGGGAAUUGCUGGAAGAGAAUUCUCCCAGGCCUUUUCUUUUGCUCCCGUUCCGGGUGGUGGUUGUUGUUGGAAGGCGAAGGGGAAGAAGAUGAUAACGUUCGUGGACUCGGCGGCGGGGGAGCGGGAGAGAGGAGGGGACGACGGGAGGUGCCUGGACCCGCAGCUGUGGCACGCCUGCGCCGGCGGCAUGGUCCAGAUGCCGCCGGUCAGCUCCAAGGUCUACUACUUCCCGCAGGGCCACGCCGAGCACGCGCAGUGCGGCGGCGGCGACUUCCCCCCCGGCGCAGGCGCCGGCCGGGGAAUCCCGGCACUCGUCCUGUGCCGGGUGGCCGGCGUCCACUUCAUGGCGGAUCCGGACACGGACGAGGUCUUCGCCAAGAUCCGCCUCGUCCCCGCCCGGCCCCACGAGCAGCCCGGCGGCGACGCGGCGGACGACGGCGGCGGCAUCAAUGGCGCCGCCGCGGGCCACGCGGAGGCGGAGAAGCCGGCGUCCUUCGCCAAGACGCUCACGCAGUCGGACGCCAACAACGGCGGGGGCUUCUCCGUGCCGCGCUACUGCGCCGAGACCAUCUUCCCGCGGCUCGACUACUCCGCCGACCCGCCCGUCCAGACCGUGCUCGCCAAGGACGUCCAUGGCGUCGUCUGGAAGUUCCGCCACAUCUACCGGGGCACCCCGCGCCGGCACCUCCUCACCACGGGCUGGAGCUCCUUCGUCAACCAGAAGAAGCUCGUCGCGGGGGACUCCAUCGUCUUCAUGCGGACCGAGAACGGGGAUCUCUGCGUCGGCAUCCGCCGCGCCAAGAAGGGCGGCAUCGGAGGCCCAGAGCUCCUGCCUCCGCCGCCGCCGCCUCCGGGGACCAAUUACGGAGGAUUCUCCAUGUUCUUGAGGGGAGAAGAGGACGGCAGCAACAAGAUGAUGGCGGCGGCGGCGGCGGCAAGGGGGAAGGCCAGGGUGAGGGUGCGGCCGGAGGAGGUCGCCGAGGCGGCCAAUCUCGCCGCCAGCGGGCAGCCGUUCGAUGUGGUCUACUACCCGAGGGCGAGCACGCCGGAGUUCUGCGUGAAGGCCGGCGCCGUGAGGGCGGCCAUGCGCACCCAGUGGUGCCCCGGCAUGAGGUUCAAGAUGGCCUUCGAGACGGAGGACUCGUCAAGGAUCAGCUGGUUCAUGGGGACUGUGUCGGCCGUGCAGGUCUCUGACCCAAUCAGAUGGCCCAAUUCACCGUGGAGACUUCUUCAGGUGACAUGGGAUGAACCGGACCUGUUGCAGAACGUGAAGAGGGUGAGUCCAUGGCUGGUUGAGCUUGUCUCAAACAUGCCGGCCAUUCAUCUUGCUCCGUUCUCGCCUCCCCGGAAGAAGCUCUGUGUCCCGUUCUACCCCGAGCUUCCGCUCGACGGGCAGUUCCCGGCGCCGAUGUUCCACGGGAACCCACUCGGGCGCGGCGGCGUCGGCCCGAUGUGCUAUUUCCCGGACGGCACUCCUGCAGGCAUACAGGGAGCCAGGCAUGCUCAAUUUGGUAUAUCUUUAUCAGAUCUCCACCUUAACAAACUGCAGUCGAGUCUGUCACCGCACGGGCUUCACAACCAGAUCGAUCAUGGCGCUCAGCCGAGGAUCGCUGCUGGGCUCAUCAUUGGUCAUCCGAAAGCUCGAGACGACAUCUCGUGCCUGCUUACCAUUGGCAACCACCAGAACAGCAAGAAAUCAGAUGGCAAGAAGGCUGCACCCCAGCUGAUGCUCUUUGGGAAACCCAUACUCACCGAGCAGCAGAUAACUCUAGGCAAUGCCGGGGGUUUCUCGCCGACGUCUGCUAGGAAGAGCCCUUCUGAUGGGAGCGCCGAGAAGACGGCGAACAACUCUGAUCUUUCAAGCCCGAGAAGCAAUCAGAAUGGCACCACAGAGAACUUGUCCUGUGGAGGAGUACCAUUGUGCCAGGACAGCAAGGUGCUUGACCUUGGGCUGGAAACAGGGCACUGCAAGAUCUUCAUGCAGUCGGAGGACGUCGGGCGCACACUUGAUCUCGCCGCUGUUGGCUCGUACGACGAGCUGUAUCGCCGGCUUGCUGACAUGUUCGGUAUCGAGAAAGCCGAGCUCAUGAGGCAAGUUUUCUACCGUGAUGCCGCUGGGGCACUCAAACACACUGGAGAUGAACCAUUCAGCGACUUCACCAAGACGGCGCGUAGGCUGACCAUACUAACCGGCACAGGCGGCGAGUAGCUUAAUUAGCGAGGUAGCAGGAGGAGGAGGAGGAAGAGAUCAAAAGCUCUUGUCACCUGUACAGCUGGGAAGAAGAGGAGGAGAAUGGCCCGCGGCAGAUCCUCACAAGGCAAAUUGUGCCACCACCCGCAAUGCAAUAUUCAAGUUCCAAAGAACUAUAGGCAGCUUCAGUUCUCUGUCUGAUCACUGUGUAAUCAACCACAGGACCGUUUCUAUUUAUUUGUUUGGGUUACAAGACGUUUGUUCUCUGAUCACCAAUGUGUUUUGUUUGUUGUUGAGCUCACUAGUACUGGCACUGCUCAUCCAUGUAGUAGUCUUUUGCCAGAUGGUAUCUGCGGUUCCUCGAUAGAAAUUGCGGCA